CAGAAGGUUGCGAGCUCAGUCUUUUUCUUUCCCCCAGGAGGAGAGCACCCGGGAGACUCCCGACUGAUCUCUCAGAGAAAAGCAUCGACGAAGACGGACGAGAAACGAAGGCGUUCGAGUUGGCGGAUUCCCCGUGUGCAGCAGACUCUCUCUGUUUCUCGAGGACAGACACCGCGAACCAGUGAAGUUUCUCCACAGUUCGAUGCGACCCUUUCAAGAGUUCGUCUCUCUCUUCUUUUCCUUCUGUUCUCUCCAAUUUGUUCUCCUCUGCGCCCCUCGCAUUCGCCACUCGUCUCACCCUCAUCGGCACUUCCUUGCUGCGUCGCCGCAUGCAGUUUCGAUUCGCCAGGAAACGAGAGCUUUUCUCUUUUGGCCUUCUUGUCUGUGAAUCCAACUCAAAGUUUUGUCGCUUCUUCCUGACGCCUUCUGCGCGACGCACUCCACGCGUCUGCCUCGCCUCUUUUUCGCACCGCUUCCUCUCACUUGCGUGUGUCGUCGCCCGGAGAGUCUCCCUUUCUCUUCGUUUUUUUCUGCUUGUUUUCUCCGCCUCGUUUUCUCCCCUCUUCUCUCUGUCCUCCCUCCUGUUCCUCCUUCUUGUUCCUCCCUCUUCGUAUCCGUGGGGUCUCUCUCAGCGUGAAGCUCCCAGUGCUCGCUGGUGCGACCUCAGCUGCUGCUGCGACUUCUGGGCGCCAGGUCUCGGUUCGCGACGCGUUUCUCCCGAACGCGUUCUGCAGCGCUUUUUUCUCAGCGUUUGCAGCGACGGCUUCUCCGUCCACCCUCUCUUUCUGCGCCAUCCGUCUUCCGUCUCCCAGCUGCUGUUGGCGAAAUGGAGUUCGCCGGCGCUCCUCCGGUCGACGACGAGGCCGACCCCACAAACUGUCUCCCCGCCGAGGAGACGGUCGAGCGAGGCGACGCGGCCGCCCUCCAAGACGACCUCCCCCUCGAGGCUGACGAGGCGAGUCGCGUGGAAGAGGCGUCAAACGCAGGACGCGAAGAAGAACGACAAGAAGGAGAAAUACUUGCGGAGAGUCAAGGCGAAGAGCGAGGACCCUGGGCGCACAUGUUUCGACAGGGCGGGACGGACAGGAGGCGCGGCUUUCGGAACUCCGGUCCAUACGGACGUCCGCGAGGAGACAGUGGGUUCCAUCGGCGGCGACAAGACGCGCGCGAUUUACCGCCGUGGUCGCAGGUCCGUCGGAGCCGUGGGCGAGGCUUUCGGGGAGACCGCGACCGAGAAGAGGCAUCUUUGAGUGUGAAGGAGAAGCGGUGGAUGUGUCUCCGGACGCUGUUCGUCACGGUGGGAGACGAAAUGGCGCUGAUUCCUCAACAGAUUCAAAAGCUUGCGCGGGAGGCUGAGACCGCGAUCGUCCAGGAUCGAGAGGAAGAACGCGAGAAGGCAGAGAAGAAGCUCCGGGACCGCACCCGAAGAGGCGACGACGAACUGGAGAGUCGUGCAGCGGAGGAAAACGAAGAGACUGACGCCACAGAUACGGCGGAGAAGAAGGCGGAGACAGCAGGCGAAGAGACACCCGAAAAAUCGGAAGGACAGAAGGAAAAAAAUCUAGAAGACCGCCUGGUGGAACUCCUCGUCGACUGCGCCAGCCAGCUUCCUCUCAAAGUUGGAAUCUAUUCGUGCGUCGUCGGACUUUGGUUCAAGAAGAGUCGCUUGAGGUCGGUGUGCACUCGCAUCGUGGAGAGGAGUUUUCAGAGGUUUGAGGCGGCCAUCAAGGAAGGAAAGUUCUUCGACGCGAAACUGCUUCUGCGCUUCUUUGUCGCGCUCGCUGGAAGCUUCGUCGUCUCAACUGAGAGCGUCUUCGAGACCAUGAUGGCGCUUCUUUCCCUCUGUGCCGAACUGCCGCCGAGUUCGACCACAGAGCAGCUUCUUCUUUUGACCCUCGCUGCCUUGCCGUGGCUGAGCUCGCGACUGUGGGAGACGCACCGCGGCGCCGUCGAAGAGGUCCUUGCUCUCUCUCAGCAGAUUUCUUCUCCCGCCUCUGCGGAAGCUCUUCUUCUGCGACAGGCCUGUCUGCCUGUUCGCGACGCACCCUUCGGGACCGACGGAGAAGAGAAUUCGAUCGUCGCCUCUCUCGGCCUGCACAAAAGCCGAGUGGAGACUCUCGUCGAGGCACUUGGAUUCAUGGAACAGGUUCAGUGGAAGUCGAAGGCGACGUUUCGUUUCUUCCAGUCGGCAGAUUUGUUUCCUCUGCUGAAACCGAGUGAAGCAGCGGCGGCGCGGUUCCCAGUGUGUUCCCUUCCUGCUCUGACGCUCACGGUGGAGGACUUGCGGCAGAUUCGCGCGCUCCCGAUUUCAAGUGGACUUCGCUUGCCUGUCUCGAUCGAAAAAGUUGACGUUCCGCUGUCGCCUCACGAUCGAUGGAUCCUCGAAGAUCACUUCCUCACGCUGCUCUACAGCUUCAGAGACAACGUGACUCUCUGUGCAGAGGCGCUCUUGCGGGUGCCUGUCGACCAUGAUCAGUUCGACUACGUUCUCGUCGAGUGUCUGUUCAGCGCGAUGCUUCGCCUGCCGCACGCCCCUCUCGCAGCCGACGCUGCGGACGCGUCGUUUUUCGUCACGCGUGUCAUCCAGCGCGCCUGUCAGAUGCAGAACUCCCUCGUCGGAGUCGUGGAGGCGAGCCUUACGUCUUUGCUGAAGCAUGCAGCGCAGUUUGAUUUCCAGUCGAUGAGGGUGUUGGCGGACUUCUUUGCGUAUUGGCUGAACCUGUGGGAGGGCCGCAUGAGCUUGCUCGAGGAGUGGCUGAGCUUGUCGAUCCCUCCUGCUUGCGUCAAAGUCUUCGUUCGACAUGCGUUCGAAAAGGCCUUCCGCUUCCGCUACCGCCCAAAUCUGCUGGAGCUGCUGCCGGACUGCGUGAUUCCGUACAUUCCGCCGGAGCCUAUCCCGGCUUGUCCGUACACCGCAGAGCCUCCGCACGAAAGUCUGCCGCUUCCUGGUGCGCCUCCACCACCGCCGGCGGCGGAGUUGCCUCUGACGAUCACGUCGUACCCCGGGCAUUUGGAGUUUUUGGAAGUGCAGAAGCUCCUUUUCUUCAGCUUCCGCCAGCCCGGCGACGCUGGCCGUCAGGCCCAGAAGGCCGGUGCGCAUUCCAGAGGCGCGAGCAACGUAGCAGGCGACAGGGAGGCGGCGCUGGACGAGCACGAGGCCGAGAGAGAAGAGUGCGAAGAGAGGGGAGAGGAUGGCGAGAAAGAAGAAAGGGAAGAAGAGAGAGAAGAAAGGGAAGAAGAGAGAGAAGAAAGAGCAGACAGGGAGGACGACAAGCGUGCGUGGAUGCAGUACAAGUUGGCAAAGCUUUUGCGAGGUCGUUUGCAUCGCAAGACGUGGAAGAAGCGAGAGAGGCGGUCCUUUUCAGAGUCGGCCGAGGACGCCGUCGACGCUUCUUCAAAGCGUGGACUGAACGACGAGUCGCGCGAAGAAGAAACGAAAGACAGCAGAGACGCGUUCGAGGCGGACUCCGGUCCGUACGAAGACGACGAAGAGGGGCACCUGUGGACCCUGACGGAUCUUUCGCAGGUGCUUGUCUUUGCGCUCCUCGCCAGAGGAUUGAAGACUCUCACGCACUCUGAGAGACUUGUGGAGAACUACUUCCCUGUGUUCCAGUUUUUGAAGAAGGGUGCCUCACACAAGGCUUUCCUAGAGAUGAGACCCGCCACACUCGAGGCAGCGGGAGAUGACGAAGACGCUCGCGACGGAGACGACAGCGACACAGAGAUGGAAGAAGAAACAGACGAGGAAGGCCUGACCAAGGCCGAACGCCGGUCUCAAGAAGUCGAGGAAGCCUUCCUCAAAGCCAUCUUUGACUUCUGGAAACACUCCCGACAGAAAACGGUGUUGACCGUCCGACACUUUCAGCGGUUUGACGUGGUUUCGAAGGAGGGUGUGGUGCGUUUCGUCUUUGACUCUCUAACGCCCACAGAUCGAGACGACAGCCGCGUCAUGGAGCUCUUCGACCUCCUGUUACAGCUGAGCAUUCAAGAAUUCGAGUCCAAGAAAGAGACAGCACUUCAGCUGAGUCAAGACUGCAGCGAUGAUGCAGAGAGAAACGCGAGAGGGAAGGCCGUCUCUGCUGCAGUCGAGGCCCUGGAAGCUGUUCAGACGCUUCUGCACUUCAUUGUGGUCGGCUUCAUGCGCGAACUGCUGAGAGAAGACCAAGCAGCAAGGCGUGUGAGUCUUCACGCCAGGCUCCUCUACCUCGCUCGUGACUAUGGAAGAUACAUCGACGUCUCGCGACUGCACGUCCACAUUGGCGACGCGAUGACCGACGAAUUAAACCAGCUGUUGACAGUGAGCAGCCAAGUUCAAACUCAGUAUUUCUUCCUGGAUCGCGAGCCGGGGGGGCUUCUGGGGUCACUCGCUGGCGAACUCGACGAGCAGCGAGAAGGCUUCCACGCCGAAGCUUGCGAAAAUGGAGGACUUUAAGGGAACGCGUUCUUCAGUGAGAAGACUUUUGGACAAAUGUAUAUCAAAAGGGGAGAGAAGAGGAACACCCGGUGCCGUACGCGUUCGGGUGUCGUCCUGUAGAUCAGUCCCCGGUUCGUGGGCGGUGUAUCGACUCAUAGGUAUACUGAGUGCUGGUCUCAAACUCACGCUGACGCGGUAAGACUUGGAUCCGGUGAGCACAAAUUUUCAAGAGCUAAGCCAGCAGUCCAGCUCAUAGUAUACUCUACGCCUCUGCAAUCCCGCUCUGGUUUUUCUGGGCUUCUUUCGCUCGGAUAAAGCCGUCGCAGUUUGCGUUCAAAAGACCCGUGUCUCCCUUUUGUCGGAUUCCCCACAAGUUCACGAUGGUGACUUCCUUGCUGUAUUCGUUUCCGUUUCGCCUACGUGGAACCUAUUUCGUUAGUCUAUAUUUUCAUCGAUUGUGCCUGUGCUCAGUUGGGCUGCAGCUUCGGUUUUUCUGGGUACGGUUAUUUGUUGUGUUUUCCUUUUUCGCUUUUCUGCUGGGUGGUGUAACUUCCUCGCUGCUCGUCUGCCGGUCUUCUCCAGCUUGUGAGAUGCCAGACACGUUUCUGCGAAAAAAUCUUCCAGC